ACAACUAAACGACAUACGUAAAGCAAUAACUUGUAUCUACAAGGUCCCAAAGCUUCUUGUACCGCCAGGUGGCGCUCAGGUGACGUAUGUUGAUCAGCACGUCCUUACCGGCCGCUCUGUGAACUACGUGCGCGCUCCCGCUCCUCUAAUAUCCCUCCCCACCACUAGGGGCGCUGUUAUCCCUGUCGCUCCUCCCAAGAACUGUCAGUCCCGGCGGGUGAAGGGUGCCGUGCUCUACAUCCGGCUCUCUAGUUCACGUCUGUUUCGGACUUGUGUAUGUGACGACGUCACUCCAGGGCGCAACACCCGGAGAGCCAAGCGGGAGAAGCCCGGGAGGCGGAGCGUCGUGGCUGGCACGCACUGGGCUUACGGAGCAUCCGGCCGGGUCUCGGGCAGUGGGCGGCCCCAGUGACCGGAGCGCUGCUGUGGUGCACCGGCCCCUUCCGGGCUCCUGAGAGAAGUUGUCGGGAGCGCGUCCGGGACAUGUAGGGGCGGACGCUGGGAGCAGCCCCAUGUGCUGAGGGAAGUUAUCAGAGAGUGCAUGCAGAGGGGCGGUACCUGCUGCUGCUGGGAACUUCAGCUCCCCACCUGCUGCUCCCCUGACACAUGAGUGGAUCGGACAGCCCUCCCCGGCCACAUCCUGCUCCCCCUGCCCGAGGACUUCACCCCCCAUGUCUCAUAGUGUGUCCAGACUGGUGACGGCACCGCAGUGAAGUAUGGAAGGACUGUCCCUGAGUGAUGCUGAGCAGAAGUACUACUCUGACCUGUUUGCCUACUGUGACACUGACAGCACCAAGAAGGUGGCAUCCAAUGGCCGGGUGCUGGAGCUAUUCCGGGCUGCCCAGCUCCCCAGCGAGGUCUCCUUACAGAUCAUGGAGUUAUGUGGAGCAACCAGACUUGGCUACUUUGGAAGAAGCCAGUUCUACAUUGCAUUGAAGCUUGUCGCUGUUGCACAGUCUGGCUUACCAUUGCGAGUUGAGAGCUUAAACACUGUUAAGGAUCUUCCUUUGCCAAGAUUUUUGGUGUCAAAAAACGAGCAAGAUUCAAGACAUCCUCUUGCCCACAGUUCAGAAGGUGAUAAUUCCUCCUCUUACUCAGGAGUUAUUCCUCCUCCUCCUCCUAGUAGAAUACAGGUCAAGAAAGGCUCAGUCAGUCAUGAUGUUAUUCAGCCACGUGGUCCAGCAGAUCAACAGGAAUCCCCUUCACCUGUAGUAUCCCCUCAACAGUCUCCACCAUCUUCUCCACUUUCUUGGAGGAAACACAGCCGACAUGCUAGUGGAGGAAACAGUGAAAGGCCUGUAACUGGGUCAGGUCCAUUUUGGACACCUUACAGUGAAACACAAUCAGGUGGUUCAUCGGGUGAAGGAACAUGGCCAGCACACUCUCCGCUUCCACAUCAGGAAAAUUGGGUCAGUUUUGCAGAUACUCCACCAAGCAGUGCUCUUUUAGCCAUGCAUCCCGCCUCUGUCCAGGACCAGACGACUGUACGCACUGUGGCUUCAGCUACCACCACAAAAGAAAUUCGUAGACAAUCUAGUAGUUAUGACGAUCCUUGGAAGAUAACUGAUGAGCAAAGGCAGUAUUAUGUAAACCAGUUCAAGAACAUCCAGCCUGACCUCAAUGGAUUCAUCCCAGGAUCAGCUGCAAAAGAAUUCUUUACGAAAUCUAAGCUUCCAAUUCCAGAGCUUUCUCAUAUAUGGGAGCUCUCAGAUUUUGAUAAGGACGGAGCACUGACGUUGGACGAAUUCUGUGCUGCUUUUCAUCUCGUAGUGGCUCGAAAAAAUGGAUAUGAUUUGCCUGAAAAACUACCUGAAAGCUUAAUGCCUAAACUUAUAGACUUAGAUGACGCUGCAGCUGGAGAUCAAUCUGCUGAGGUAGGAUUUUCAAGUUCUCCUGCUGAUCCUCCUCCAAGUAAAUCCCCCUCUAUGCCAUCUUUGAAUCAGACAUGGCCAGAGAUGAACCAAAGUAGCGAGCAGUGGGAGACAUUUAGCGAACGCUCUUCAAGCUCACAAACUCUGACCCAAUUUGAUUCUAACAUUGCACCAGCUGAUCCUGACACUGCUAUAGUUCACCCAGUCCCAAUACGGAUGACUCCAAGUAAAAUUCACCUGCAGGAAAUGGAGCUUAAAAGAACUGGAAGCGAUUCUGCCAACCCCACGAGUCCUAUACAUGUAAAGCCACAAGAACUUCCAGAGGAAAGCUCUUCAGUUAUAUUUGUUCCAGUUGAUGGCUAUAGCAGUUCAGACAGUUAUAACUCUGAUCCUGAAGAGAUUGGAAAUGUGGUUACAAGGCAGCGGUCCCAUUCUGGCACUUCUCCAGACAGUACAGCACCACCACCCCCUCCACCGAGACCUCACGCCUCCCAUUCUCGCUCCUCAUCCUUAGAUAUGAAUAGAACAUUUGCAGCUACUACAGGACAGCCCCAGACUGCAGCAGUAGCACACCCUCCUGCAGUUCCUCCACGACCCCUGCCUACACAGAUGUCAGGCUCACACAUGCACCGCUCUGUGGAUGCUGAAGGCCAUAUAUCUCAUCCCAGUACUUCUCCUCAGCAAAUACCAGAACAGCCAAAUUUUGCAGACUUCAGUCAGUUUGAAGCUUUUGCAUCUUGUGUGACAGAACAGCAAGCAGAGGAUGCUGAGAAACCAGAAGUUGUACAGGCUGAGAAGCCGGCAGCUGAUGGGAUCCGUAGUGCCAAGAUAAAUGGACGUGUUGAAGACAAAGCAGUCACUGUUGUCCCUGCCAAUUCAGGAAAAGUAAGCACUCCUCUUGCACCACCCCCUAAACCAGUCCGUAGACGGUUAAAAUCUGAAGAUGAACUCAGACCAGAAGUAGAAGAAUCCAAUCAGAAGCAGGGCAAUGUAACGGCAGCACUUGCUUCCCAGCCAUCUAUUCCAAGAUCAGCUGGAAAGGACAAAAAGGCAAUUCAGGCCUCCAUUCGACGCAAUAAAGAAACAAACACAGUUCUUGCGCGGCUGAACAGUGAAUUGCAGCAGCAGUUAAAGGACGUUCUCGAAGAAAGGAUAUCUUUGGAAGUCCAACUGGAACAGCUGCGGCCUUUUUCUCACCUCUAAGUAAUCUAUUAUCUAUGAAAACUGGCCUGCUCUAUGAUCAACCCAGAUUCCAAGCUCAUUGCAACGCCAUUCCUUCACCAUACCCAUAUGUCCCUGCACUAGCUCAAUGGAAUUAAUCAACUGAUUUACAUCACCCUAACCACCCUCAAUUCCCCUUUUUAGCAUGCACAUCAAGACCUACCUAUUUAAGGAAACACUUUACAUAUGGCGGGGAAACCGCAUGGCCUGGCACAUGCCAAGUAUAUUCCAGGUUGCUAUACUUUACAGAGUAUUUAUGAUGACUGCGCCAUCUUAUAAAGCACUAUGAAUUCUAAUCAUGUGAGUUUAAGAAAACUAGACUGUUACAGCAUAUGUGUUGGUCAUCCUAAUGUUUGGUGCAUUUCAUGACUUUGUACCAAACACAUGACCAUAACUUUGUAUAGUACAGUGUACAAGAGAGUUUGAUUCAGUAGUAUAAUGAAAUGUACUAACCCAUUACCCAAUCAUGGUGUAACCUACUACACAAUACUGAGGUAAAUCCUCAAUUCACGCCAAAUCAUGUGCAUUCAAAUAGCAUUUGUCUUCUCACUCCCUUCCUGAAUUUGCACGUCUCAAACAUCAGCCUCAACAAAGCCUAUGUCUCCUGGACAGGACACGGUUUACUUGUAUCCUACACUGCCCUUGUUGAUCCUGACAAGUCAGAUCUUUCCAGAGCACUAGAAUUCUGGGUUCUCUUCCAUCUUGCCUGAAGGCCUUACUACUUUGAACUAUAGACAGGCUUUACUAAUCGCCACAAUCUCCCUGAGUGUUUCCUGCUCUUCGGGUUGAUGUACUGUAAUAGGGUUUUGUUCUAUAUUGUAUGAUAAACACCUUUUGAUCUCAUAUGUAAAUUUGAAUUGUAAGCUGACUAACAGCAAUUAUUGUAUUUAAUAGCUUAUUCUGGCUGUGGGAUCCUAGAUGUUAAAGUGCAUGGAUGUAUCUCAGCAGAAUCAGAACUAGCAAAAGUGUGAUUUUUACACCAAUAAAACAGCACAAUAUUUUAACCAUUCUGAUCCAUCCUU